AGUCAAUGAGUUCAACAAUAACCAGCAGCAAAAGUGUCAAUCUCUUCUUCUUCACACAGCAGAGCCCGUCCCCUGGAAUUCCGAAAAAUCGAAGCCAAAACCAACCAUGGAUUCCAUAAUUUCCAUGUACAAUGCCACAGGUUUCCCGUUCGCGAAAUCGACCAUAUUUGUUGCUUUCGCCACGUUCGCGGCCACGAUGAAGCUGAUCAGGUCGAUGACCAACGACAUGUUACCGAGGCCCGCGCAAUCCUACCUCGAAUCGGCCCUCCACUACCUCAUCACCCCGACCUGGAACCGGAUCACGAUCGUCGUGAACGAGGUUCACGACGACAUGAUCAGCCGCAACCAAGUGUACGACGCGGCGGAGGCGUACCUGCGCACGAAGAUCAGUUCCUGCACCAAGCGCUUAAGAGUGGGCAAGACUCCCCAACAGAGUAGCCUCAACGUCAGCGUCGACAAGGGCCAGGAAAUACUCGACAGGUUCGACAAUAACAUGGAGCUCAAGUGGAGACUCGUGUCUAACGAGUCCCAAAAUAAAAACGGACACGAAAACCGCUUUUUUGAGCUAAGCUUCAACAAGAAGUUCAAAGUCGACAGAGUCCUAAACGAGUAUUUGCCUUUCGUUUUGGCCCGAGCCAAGGAAAUUGCGUACAACGACGUCGGAAAGGUCGUUAAGCUCUACACCAGAAACUGUUCAUUUGGCAACAACGAAAGCGGUUCUGGCGGAGGAGGAGGAGGAGGAGGAGCGGAUUGGGGUUCAAUCAAUCUUGAUCAUCCGGCCACGUUCGAGACGCUGGGGAUGGACCCCGAGUUGAAGGCUGCCAUAGUUGAAGACUUGAGGGGAUUUUUGGGGGGCAAGGAGUUCUGCAAGAAGGCAGGCAAGGCUCGGCAGAGAUGUUACUUGUUGUAUGGCCCUCCUGGCACCGGUAAAUCCAGCUUGAUCGCCGCGAUGGCCGACUAUCUCAAAUUUGAUGUCUACGAUUUGGAGCUAGCGAGUUUGUCAUCCAACUCGGAACUCAGGAGUUCGCUCAUGUCCACCACCAACCGGUCCAUCGUUGUAAUCAGAGAUGUCGAUUGCUGUGUGGGGAUGGAAGCAGAUCGGCUUCCGGGGACUGAGCAGCCAUAUGAACCCCGCAACAAGGUGUCGCUAUCAUGUUUGUUCAGCUUCGUAGACGGUUUGUGGUUGAGUUGUGGGGACGAGCGGAUCAUCGUUUUUACCACCAACUACAGUUACAGGCUCGACCCUGCUCUAUCGUGCCCUGGUCGGGUGGACAUGCACAUACACAUGUCCUAUUGUUCAAGUCAAGUAUUCAAGCUCCUUGCUUCCGAUUACCUCGGUGUCCAUGAUCGCCACGCGCUCUUUGGUGAGAUAGAAAACCUGUUGGAAAAUGAACACGUCACCGUCGACCAAGUUGCAGAAGAACUCAGGAAGAGCGAGAAUGCCGAUAUCGCUCUCAGAGGAGUGGUCAAUUUACUCAAACGCAAGAGGAUGGAAGCCCACGAGAUUGAGCAAGACCGAAACCGAUGGGCUAGAAGAUCAGUGGAUGGAGAAAAAUGAACUUGAAGUGCAUAAUGUUUAUGUGAGUGUGUGGGGAGUUGAGAGGGACAGAGACAAGGUUAGGACUUAUGAGUAAAUGAUUGGGCCAAAGUUAGAGCUGAAGAUCAGUGGAUGGCUGUGAUUUGCAGGCGUUGAGUUGGGGAAAUUGUAGAAUUGAGUUUGUGUGGUGGGUAUUUGUUUCAAGUCUUGUAUAAGUAGUACGCAUUUGUAUUGUAAUUCUUGUGGGAGUUCAACUAUGAGAGAGAGAGAGUGGUAAGAUUGAAAUCAGUUGGUUAUUUUGUACUGUUUUGUUGUUGAUUUCAAUAAAAGAGGUUGGCUUAUU